AUGGCUUCUUCAUUUAGUUUCUUAACACUCUUUGUGUUAUUUUGUGUCUACAUUCCCAUAGGAACCAUGUCUUUCUCAAUGAAAUUAAUCCCACGAGUAAACUUUGAUUCAAUUCUCUUUCCCAAAAACAUUUCUCUUGAAGAGAAACACAAUAGAUUAGUCCAACUCUCAAAAAUUCAUGCUCUUAAGUAUCAAAUGAACAACACCAAUGCAAUAUCCCCACAAACUUUUCAACCACUUGUCCCAACUAUUUCUAACAUAUAUGCUGUUGAAAUGAGGAUUGGCACACCACCAUUCACAACUUUGUUGAUGUUUGACACAGGUUCUAGUGAUACAUGGGUUCAAUGUCUUGGAUGCACGAAAUGUUUCCCAUUAAAAGGGGAAAAUUUCAAGUAUCAAGCAUCCAAUACUUUUAAGGAGGUGCCAUGUGAACACCCACUUUGUGAUCCCAAAAAAUGUUCCGACGGUAAAUGUGAGUAUGCUAUAACUUAUGCCGAUGGUGCUAAAAGUAAAGGCAUUCUUUUAUUCGAAACUUUCAAUUUUCCUCCUGGUCCUAGCAAUAUUGUUAUCGAUAAACGCUUUUUAAGCUUCAAAGGAGUGGUUUUUGGUUGCGGGCUUCAAAGCGAAAAAAUGACAUUUGGGGUUGGGGUGCCCAUGACAGAUAACAAUGUCAUAGGAGGCAUGUUUGGACUAGGGCCAGAACCAAGAUCUUUUCUAAAACAAUUGAAAGCUGAAACCAAUAUGCGUUUCUCUUAUUGCCUUGGCCAAUUCCUCGAUCCACAGUCACACAAUUACUUACAUUUUGGCCCCGAUGCUAAAAUAAGCGGAGACUUCAAAACAACGUCGCUUGUGCCGACAAUAGGCAGCUUAACAUUGAUACAUUACCAUGUUGUUUGCAAGGGAAUCAGUUUGGAUGGGAAUAAGCUCCCAAUAGACCCUAAACUAUUCGAAGUAAAAUCAGAUGGAUCCGGUGGUUUUAUCCUCGACACAGGAGCUUAUGCUACCAUUUUAGUUCAGAGUGCUUAUCAAGUGUUGAAACAACGUGUAAUGGCUUACUUUCAACAAAAGGGAUUGAGUCCCUCUACUGAAAAGAAACUGUCUCUUGAUCUUUGUUAUCUUAAUCCUCCACCCAACAUUGUGAAGCCUACGAUAACGUACCAUUUUGAUGGAGGUGCUGAUUUUGUGGUGGCUCCUGAGUCAGGAUUUCUGUCUGCAGGAGACGGGAGGAAUAAAGUAUUCUGCUUGGCUGUUCUAGGGCACAAUGAUUUUGGAAAUAUAUUGGGAGUCAUCAACCAAGCUGAUCAUACUUUCCUCUUUGAUGUUGGAAAGAAUCAAGUUUCUUUUACCCCAAAAGCAAAAACUUGUAGUAAGUAA